CCCCCCGUGUGUCCACUGAUUUAACAACAAACUGAUCAGGAGUCAGUGAGCGUCGUCUUCUUUUACCGCUAAGCUUCCAACGAAAACCGACUCAAAGUCAGUUUAUAGCGGCGAGAGAGGGCCAGCCGGUUUGUGUUUGUUGUCACGAGAUAUGCACUUCCUCCUAAAAAACAAGAGGGCCAAAAGUAAACAGUUAGUAACGUUAGCUAGUGGCAGUUGGGAUGAGGAAACACAGCCGGCUAGCUUAACUCACAGCAACUGAACCACCGGUUGUCCUGGUGAUACAAACCCACAUUUGUGUUUCUUAGAAAACACAUAAGACAUUCAACUAAAGGGAAAAGCAGAGGAGCCAAGAUGGAGAUGCUGUGUUUCCGGUUGCCAGGCCACGGGGACACAACCCUGAAGCACAUGAAUUCGCUGAGGUCCCGCCAGCACUUCUGUGACAUCACCAUCAUGGUCAGCGACAACCAGACAUUCAGGGGACAUAAGGUGGUGCUGGCUGCCUGCUCGCCCUUCUUGAGGGACCAGUUCCUCCUCAACCCGUCCCCCAAGCUUCAGGUGUCGAUGCUCUACAGCUCCACAGUGGUGUGCGGUCUGCUUCAGUCUUGUUAUACUGGCGUCCUGCAGUUUAACCCAGAGGAGAUUGUCAACUACCUGACCGCUGCCAGCUACCUACAGAUGGAGCAUAUUGUGGAGCGCUGCCGAGGAGCACUGAAGAAGUAUGUGCAGCUAAAAAACCCCAGUCCACUGAAGAUGACUACAGAGGAGAACCAGGCUCGACUGAUGAUCGUCAGCGAAAGCGUUCACUCCGUUGCGUCUCCUCCCACCAGCCGACCCUCCCCUGUGCACUCACACAGUCCUGCACCACGCUCAGUGGAGGAGAACAGCGGCGACAUGUCGGCUCAGGGCAGCAGUCAACACCACGAUGGCAGUCCCAUGCUGGAUGAGCCAUGCAUUAAGGUCAAUGCAUCAGACGAGGAGGAAGCGACCAGACAGGAGGACUACGAUGUGUUCAGAGUGUACAUCUCUGAAGAAGAGCAAAUGAACAGAGAGAGGGAGGAGGAGAGAGGAGCUCCUUCCGAUGGAGCUCAAGAUGCGUGUUACCCAGAGACGGAUGGUGUCGUGAUGGGAGGAGUAGGGAGUGAAUAUGACUUGAAUGCAGCAGAAGAAGACCUCGGUAUGGGGGGACUUACAGUGGAGGCGCUCCGUGCUUUGAGGCGCAGGCUGCCUGACCCCAAAACUGCCCGGGGCAGAGGGAGAGGCAGGGGACGGGGUUUUAAGAGGAGAAGGUGGGCGACAUCGCAGGAGAAAAGACCUACAGGUGUGGGUCACCAGGAUUUGUGGUACCUAACAACUGCAGGGAUGGGAGGGGGUUUCGGCUUGGACUACAGCCAGGAAGGACUUAAGACGGGGAAUUACGUCCCAGUUGAACUCCAGCAGUUAGACUUCGGCAUGGGCGAAGGGCAGGGAGAUAAGGUCUCUCCAAUGGCGGCCAACAUUGUGACCCAGUACGCCUUGGAGGAGUCUGGUGCGGGUGAGGGGAGUUCAGGGAUGACGACUGUCGGAACAAACGAGGGAGGGGAUGAGUCCGUUGCAGUGGUGGGAUCCACUUCGAGCGUGACCGGGCCUGUGAUCUGCGAGCACUGCGGCUUGACGUUCCCCUCGGCCCACUCCCUCGCCAUCCACUCCCGCUCCACUCACCUGCUAUACGCCUGUCCCUGCUGCGGCAAACACUUCCACCACUCCGCCAACCUCACCAGACACAUGGCCGUGCACCGAGGCGCCGGCAAGACCCACCAGUGCCCCCUGUGCUACAAGACUUUCACCCAGAAAUCCACACUGAUAGACCACAUGAACCUCCACAGUGGCGAGCGGCCGCACCACUGCGCGUACUGCCACGCCCGCUUUGCCCACAAGCCCGCCUUACGACGCCACCUGAAGGAGCAACAUGGGAAAACCACGGGGCAGAACUCUCUACAUGAGCAGGAGGAGAGGGAGAGGGCCGCUGGAAGAAUACGAGAGGAAGAGCAGGAAUGUCUGGUUACUGAACAAGUGUCGUAGGUCAAAGCUUUAAAGACAGUCGAGUGUCUAAAUACCUGAAGCUCCUCAGGUUCGGCAGCUCACUGCAGUCUGUGAGGUCACGACCCCCAUGUGAAUAUUAAAGGUACAGUGUGUAGGAUUUGGUGGCAUCUAGCGGUAUGGUUGCAGUUCGAAACCAACUGAAUACCCCUCCGCUCACUCCUUCCUUUCCAAGACUGCGGUAACGUGAUCCACAAAGUGCAAAACCGUGGUAACGCCGUUCGCCUCUCUCAGCGACCAUCCUUACCAUAAUAACACUACUUUAAUAGCAAGGAAAGUCAGACGGCGACUGGCGGUACCACAGUUUUGCACUCUACGGCUCACGUUACCACAGUUUCACAAGCGUGUCGGAGAACUACGGUGGCCUUAAGGGAAACGUAAAAAAACAAAAGGUUCUCUCUAGAGCCAAUGUUUGGUUUGUCGGUUCUGGGCUACUGUAGAAACAUGAAAAGGCAACAUGGCAGACUCCAUGAAGAGGACUCGUUCCCUAUGUAGAUGUGAAGGGCUCAUUUUAACACCUCGUUUACACAGUUUUUUGUCCGUAAAUCUGUAUAGUAUACAAUAUAAAAAUAUAAAAAUUUAUCUCUUUACGAGUGGAUAGAAACACCACCGCAGAUAUGGGAGAGAAGUUACUACAUCGAUAUAAAACAGUGUUUAUAUAUCUAAGAGUUAUUGUCUAGACAAGUCAAAUUAAUCUUUUUAUAGUAAGUGAAAAGUUCGACAGCAUAUUUAGCUAACAGUGACAGCAUGUUAGAUGUGUAACAGAGUGCAUAUAGUUGCUCAUACUGUACGUCUUUUAACAAAAUGGUUCAUAAAAUUGCUAAAUAUGCCAGUGAACAUUUCAUCAAUCAGUUUAUUAAUUUGCUAAUUUGGCACACAGUGCAUACAGUCUUUCUGUAAUCUGUCACAAAAGUUAAUUUUUUUUCCUCAACGUACUCAAGGAAAGAGGAGUUUGGCAAACAUAUCCGAGAUCACGGAGGUUCCCAUAGGAAGGAAUGAACUUCCGGUUGACUCUCAUACGUACACAGACAGAACUACAUGGAAACAAACUGCUAUAGAUCCGAAAUGCUACACACUGUACCUUUGACUAUGAGGCCUUUUAAAAUGUAAGACUGUGAAAAUAGGAGUCCUUUCAUAGGAAAUAUGUUUCAAAUUUGCAUAAAAAUAUACCUACCAAGGGAUGGAUGUGGGUAGAAAUUACUGAACGGUCCUCCUCCCUCUCACACUGAGACAAGAGGCCUGUUUCAUAGCACAGGUAUUACUAAUAACAUUAACGACAGCUCUGUUGUGUUUAAAGUCCCAGUGAUCUGUGACGGAGAGGCAGCACGCACGAUACCAGGACCCGGAAACUAAAGCAGCUAAAUGGAACUGUAAUUUUCAUACUGUGACGUGUCAAAGUGUCCUCACUGACAAAAGUCCUAUUGAUUCUCAUGUCUCCUAGAAUAGUUUUAUUAAUUUGACUCAGAACUGUGAUGUUAGACUUGAAUAUAUGUAAAACAUGUUCAGUAUGUUGACUGGCCACGGUUCAAAGAAAAGAUGAUGUAUGUGUGUGUAAAUAAAAUAAUUAGAAAGUGUCCUCUCAGUUUCAUAUAAACACUAGUCAGUUGUG